AUGACACAAGUGUGCUUUGUCUUCCUGCUGAUGAGUAACGCCGCCUCGGUCUCCACACAGUUUAAUGGAUACAACUGUGACGCCAGCUACCACAGCAGGUUCCCUGGUGAGCGGGACAUCAGUGUGUACUGUGGUGUUCAGACCAUCACCUUGAAGAUCAACUUCUGCCCCGUGCUCUUCUCUGGCUACACGGACACAGAUUUGGCCCUGAACGGUCACCACAGUGAUGCCCAGUGCCGUGGCUUCAUCAACAACAACACCUUCCCCACAGCGGUCCUGUUCAGCAUCAGUCUCAACACUCUGGAGGCCUGUGGUAACAGCCUGGUGGUCAGCACAGCCUACGGGGCCAAUGCCUAUGGGAACAUGUCUCUGGUACAAAUUGGGAAUGUCUCGGGCUACAUCGACACCCCUGACCCGCCGGCUAUAAUCAGCUACCUGCCCGGCCUGCUGUAUAAAUUCAGCUGCAGCUACCCGCUGGAGUACCUGGUCAAUAACUCACAGCUGGCAUCCUCAUCUGUUGCUGUAUCUGUCAAGGAGAGCAACGGUACAUUUGUGAGCACGUUGAAUAUGAUCCUGUACAACGAUUCCACCUACAAUCAACCCCUGUCUAUUCCAAUGGCUGGACUGGCUCUGAAAACCAGAGUCUUUGCUGCUGUGAAAGCCACAAACUUAGACAAACGGUGGAACAUCUUGAUGGACUACUGUUACACAACCCCCUCAGGGAAUCCUAAUGAUGAAUUUCGCUAUGACCUUUUCUUUGGCUGCUCCAAAGACCCACAGACGACAGUUUUUGAGAAUGGGAAGAGUCAGAUGGGCCGAUUUUCCUUCGAGGUUUUUCGUUUUGUUAAACACAGACACCAGAAGAUGUCAACUGUGUUUCUGCACUGCGUCACCAAGCUCUGCCGGGCAGACGACUGCAUCAUGCUCAUGCCGAUUUGUGCGAAACGACGUAGGAGGGAUGGAGAGGAGAGCAUUGAUUCCCCACCAGUUGCAUCUGGGAACGCCAUCAUCACAGCUGGACCAAUCAUCACCAGGAGUGAUGAAACUCCUGCCAACAACUCCCAACUCGGUAAGCUUCUGUUGUCACAACCGAUGAACCCAGUGACCAGUGCUCUGAUCUCGGGCGUGGUCAUCCUGGGCGGGGUCAGCGUGGGCUUCUCGCUGCUGUCGCUCCGCCUCCUGAAGAAGUCCCGCCUCCCAGCAACCUCUGCAUCAGGUGUUUGGAACACCACCUUUAAAUGA